AUAGCCUGUAUACUUUAACUCACGAGCUAGUAUUAUCAUAGUCUGGUACAGCUGCUUUUACUUGAGGUAUGAUAGGAAACUCCAGUGUGCUGGCUGCAGUCCUGACUGUUGUGUCAGUGAUGUCGUUAAGUUUGCUGUCUGUUCUCUGCCUGCGAUGCAAAAAGAAAUCCAAGAUCAUACACGAGGAGCAUCAAAUAUACAACCCGCAGACGUUCCAACGUGGGGGAAGUGUUUUUACCGUGACGCAAUCAAAAACAGUGACCAGAGCCAAUCAGAUCACUUCAACCACACUUGAAACAGAAGACGAAUUUGAGGACUUUUCAACAGCUGCGGAUGAACAGUCAGACUAUCAAAAUAUCCCACAUGCCAAACCAGAAAGUGAGGAACACACAUAUGUAGCUCCACUCGCGAUCACACUGUAUGAAAAUGAACAGAAAGAAAGAAUAACUGAUGCUGAUCCAGGUGUCUAUGCUAACAUCGACACUUCAUUAUCGAGUAAAGAUGAUGAGGACGACUACGAGAACGCUGAGUAUCUGGACCAAGUUGUGCAGGAGCAAAGAGACAGUGCACAUUAUGACCACAGCCAUACGUUACUUUACUCCUAUGCUGAGACUCCGGUCCGUUUCUCUGAACCGGGGGCGUCCCGACCGCCAUCUACAUUAGAUGAGCCGGAUUAUGUGAAUGAAAACGACUGACUGCACCUGAUGAGGACGCAACCAGAAAAACAUCAGCCUGCACUCUGAACUUUCUGUUGUGUUAAACUGACUGAAGUUAAUUCUUUUCAUUUGCAAAUGAUGUGAAUAAAAUACCCAAGUACCUCAAUUGUGUCUAAAAACUUAUGGCUGCAGUUUUAGUGGUAAUAAAUCAAUUCAAACUAAAACACAAUAAAUAAAUAGUAAAGACAAA